UUGAAGAGCAGUUGACGGCUAGCCUUAAUGUAGUUAGCAUAUAAACAUACACCACGCACGAACACUAGUUACAAGUAGCCGUAGUAUUCAUGUCUACAAUAGCGAAGGCAAUGUCCAAGUUCCGGCUUGCCGUCAUCCAGCUGCAGGUGGGAAGCGUCAAGGCGGACAACCUGAGCCGGGCUCGGAGACUCAUUGACGAGGCGGCGGGACAAGGCAGCAAAGUGGUGCUGCUUCCGGAAUGCUUCAAUUCGCCUUAUGGGAGCGGUUUCUUUCCCACCUACGCUGAGAAGAUCCCAGGAGAGUCCACGCAGCUUCUUUCCCAGGCAGCCAAGGACAACAAGGUCUACCUGGUAGGAGGUUCCAUCCCCGAGGAGGAUGCAGGGAAGUUGUACAACAGCUGUCUGGUGUUUGGACCUGAUGGACAGCUCCUUGUCAAACACAGGAAGAUCCACCUGUUCGACAUCGACAUUCCAGGCAAGAUCUGCUUCCAGGAGUCGGAAACGCUCAGCCCAGGCAACACCUUGUCCAUGUUUGAAACACCCUUCUGCAAAGUGGGCGUGGGGAUUUGUUAUGACUUGAGGUUUGCCGAGUUGGCGCAGCUCUACAGCAGGAAGGGGUGUCAGCUGUUGCUCUACCCAGGAGCCUUCAACAUGACCACGGGUCCGGCCCACUGGGAGCUCCUGCAGAGGGGCAGAGCUGUGGACAACCAAGUGUACGUGGCCACGGCUUCACCCGCCAGGGACGAGAGCGCCUCCUACGUGGCCUGGGGUCACAGCACUGUGGUGAACCCCUGGGGGGAGGUUAUCUCGAAAGCCGGCGCGGAGGAGACGGUGAUCUACGCCGAUAUCGACCUUCAGUACCUGGCUGAAGUGCGGCAACAGAUCCCCAUCACCAGCAAGCGCCGCCACGACGUCUACGCCGUCACCUCUCCGCAGGGAGAGGCCAGAUGACAAGAUGGUGAACGUUUUUCACUUGUGAUUGUUUGACGUUAAGAGGUGCGUCUUUUGACUUGAGAUGAAUGAAGAAUGAUUUUAUAAACACAUUGUGAAAAAAAUGAAUUUAUUGGAAAAAAACUGAGAGCUCCAAAGCUAAAGUGCCAAGAAUUCAUUAAAACAUUCGAGCAGUGAUGAACAAAUCGUCACAUCUCCUUUUUCAUGGUGAAUCCUCCAUUAAAAAAA